AUGGCCAAACCGUCAGAACAACUGUCAACAAGUGGACGACAAACCGGUCAAGGAAGUAGUGCAGCCGCCAUAAGACAACAACGAGAAGAGUUAAGAAGACAAAGAGAAUUGCGUCAGAGAGAACAGCUACUAGAGAGAGAUAGAGAUUUGUUAAGGGAACAAGAGCAACAGUUACGAAGAGAGCGAGAAACAUCCCCAAUUGCAUCGUCAUCAUCAUCAACCGCAGGACCAACAUCAUCAUCAUCCAGAAAUAUGAGUAGGAUAUCACAAGUGGGCAUCUUUCGAAAUCAGCCAGGUGAUGUAGUUGAAACAGUUCGAUCCACGUCAGUAUCUGCGUCACAACAGCAACAACAAAGAAGACGAGAAGCUGCUACAAGCAUGAGUGUGAGGACAGCUCCGCGGGUAAAGAAGAGGUACCGUCCUGGAGCUAAAGUACUAAAAGAGAUCAGGGAGUACCAACGAUCAACGAGUUUGUUACUUCGAAAGUUACCAUUUGCACGAUUGGUAAGGGAAAUUAGUCUUGAAUUUGUGGGACCUGACUAUGGGUUGAGAUGGCAAAGUAAUGCAAUUUUGGCGUUGCAGGAGGCACUGGAAUCGUUUUUAGUUCAUUUAUUGGAAGAUACGAACUUGUGUGCAAUCCAUGCUAAGAGGGUCACCAUAAUGCAAAAAGACAUACAGUUGGCAAGAAGAAUUAGGGGCCAGUCCUGGAUUCUAUAG